CCUUCCUUUCUUGGCAUCUGAUUUCCUCAGCAUCCCCCCCUGUUCAGUAUCUCGGGAAUGGUAGAUUCCCACCUCCACCACCAGAAGGGAGAUGAGAUCUAGAUGUUGCUGGAAUGUAAGAGCAUCACCAGACCCGGGCUGCAGAGGUUGAAGCGACACACCAGGGAAAGAGCCAGCAAAUAAUACGCAGCCAGUCAGCUGCUGAGCGAGGGGAGAAAAAUAGCUAUCCUCGCUCUCGCUUCCUGCGAAGUGCCAUUCUCUCAAGCAGAGGGGCAUCAGUCCAUAGGAAAACAUGACGCAGGGAAAGCUCUCUGUGAAUAACAAGCCUGAAAACUCUGAAGGGCAGCAGGCAGAUGCAGACAAAAAGGACAACACAAACGUCCCAUCAGCUCCUCCAACAUAUGAAGAGGCUACCUCAGCAGAAGGAUUGAAAUCAGGGGCAUUCCCUCCACCUCUGAACGUUCCUCUCCAUCCAGCUUGGGCAUAUGUGGAUCCCAGUUCCAGUCCCAACUAUGGCAGUGGAUUUUCGGGGGACACUGAGACACUCACAACUUUCAGCUGGGAUGACCGCAGUGUACGCAGGGUGUUCAUUAGGAAGGUUUACACCAUCCUUUUGCUUCAGCUUCUUGUUACAGUUGCCAUUGUGGCCCUCUUCACCUUCUGGUACAUAUUUUCUGCAGUGAACCAUCCGAACAUAUAUCCAAGCAACCCAGCCUGGUACUGGGCUUCCUAUGCCGUCUUCUUUAUUACCUACUUGAUCCUAGCUUGCUGCUCUGGACCCAGGAGGUACUUCCCAUGGAACCUGAUCCUCCUGAGCAUCUUUACUCUUUCCAUGGCUUAUCUGACUGGGAUGCUCUCCAGCUACUACAACACCAAGUCAGUCCUUCUGUGCCUGGGGAUAACAGCACUAGUAUGCCUCUCUGUCACAAUAUUCAGUUUCCAGACCAAGUAUGAUUUCACCUCCUGCCAGGGCGUGCUGUUCGUGAUGCUGAUGGUGCUGUUUUUUAGCGGGAUCAUCCUGGCUAUUCUGCUUCCUUUCAAAUAUGUGCCGUGGCUCCAGGCCAUUUAUGCUGUGCUGGGUGCAAUUGUAUUUACUAUGUUCCUGGCCUUUGACACACAGCUCCUGAUGGGAAACCGACGCUACGCUAUGAGCCCGGAGGAAUACAUCUUUGGGGCUCUCAACAUCUACCUAGACAUCAUCUACAUAUUCUCCUUUUUCCUGCAGAUCUUCGGGUCCAGCCGAGAGUGAGCUUGGCAAAGCUGCUAGGCCUUGUGUCAUUAUUG